UCCCGCAUCCCUCGCCACCACCCGUGCGCACAACACGCACUUGAUGUCGGAGCUGAAGCGCAAGAGAGAAGAGGAUGACCCUGAAGAAGAGCCGGGUGUGACAGAUGCGGUGCCUGUUGCUUCCCCAAGGGUAGCGCCGGUCCCUCCAACGGCGGUAGCAGCGGUCCAGCCAGCCGCAGCAGCAGCCGCCGCACCACGAGAAUCAACGGCGUCGGAGGGCGGCAAAAGUGAUGAGGCAGGACCAGCUACAGACACGGCAGUAGCACCAGAUGGCACUGGCCCGCCUGCGAUUUCCGCAGAGAAAGCCGCGGCAGGAGCGACGUCGGAGGGCACACGGCGAGGCAAGUCGAAACCGCCAACAACAGCAGGGAAAAUCACGAUUUGCGGCAAGGAGAUCACCCUCCAACACACGGGAGGCCGCAAGAAACGAAAGCACCCGAUGGAAACGCUGAUCCUCCUGGCCUACAAAGAGGAGCUGACGCUCAAGUGCAAGGCAAACAACAUGAUUUCCGCGCUGGAGAUCCACCAAGAGAUGAAGAGUAAGGGCAUCAAGCAGGACCUCUCGACCCACAUGAUGGUGCUUUCGCUCUGCGGGGGAUCACCGGGUGACAGAGACGAGCUGGACCCAGGCAACGGCUCGACAGGCGGCCACGCUGCCAGCGUGGAGAGAACGGCUGCCGCCGUUGCCAAGGGGAGGGUCGAGGGAGCCUCCGCUCAAGACAACACCUUCGCUGCCGCCGAGGCGGCGCUACAGAUAUUUUCGGACGCGUCGAAGGGCGGCACGGUAUCCUUGCCGGAGUCGGCAUACACGGCCGUGAUUCGCGCGUGCUGCCGGGAUGGCCGAGCAGACAGGGCCAGAGAAGCUCUCGAGGCCCUCAAGCAAGCGGGCUUGAAGCCACGCGUCAGGACAUACACCCCUUUGUUGGAGGCGUACUCGAAGCUCGACGGGCGGCUCGAGGACUGCAUGGCCCUCUGGCGGGAAGCGGUCUCGCCCCCUGGAGGGCUUCAGCAGGGGAUCACGAUGACAGAGAGGGAGUACUUGCACCUCAUCGCCGCAUGCACCAGGGCUCGAGAUGAAAAGUGCUUUUUGGAGGUGAUGACGGAGUACAUGGACGACGUGCUCCAGCCGCGCAGCCGGCACAGCUGGGACGUGCUGAAGUCGUGGUUCAAAGUGGGUCCCAACGUGAUUGGCAACGGCUACGUGAAGCACAGAGAAGUAGCGGCAGCGACAACAGCGCGAACAAAGCCGGAAGAGGGCGAGAUCGAGAACCCGCGGUCAGGAGAACUCCCCGACAAUGGCGGCAUCAGUGAAGGAGAUGGCGGAGAAUCGGGCCAAGAAUCAACGGCAACGUCAGGCGCCGCCGCUGCUGCUCCCACUCUCGCCGGUGAUGCUGCUGGCGCACCGGGUGUUGGUGACUCGGCACCUUCGUUAUCGAAAGCGGUAGUAGCGACUGAGCCACCAAGCGCCAGGCCGGACGGUAGCCACGGCACCGAUUCAGCACUAGCCCCUGCAUCGUCGUCGCCCUCUCCUGCUCCUGCCCCUCAGGCAGACGGUAGCAGUGGCGAUGACGCCACGGGAGCUGCUGCAACAUCUCCCCGUGCAGCGGGUGCCUAUGCGGUGGGACGUUCUUUCCAAGCAGACGGUUGUGGUGGUGAUGAUGCCAUGGAAGACGCUCCGCAGGCAGAUGGUGAUGAGGCGGUGGGAGGUCCUACUCCAGUAGCUGGUGAAGAUGCCGUCGAAGAAGCGAGUCCCCGGGCAGAUGCCGCUGGAGGCGAGAAGGAGCCGCCAAGCGGCGGCACCAGUGGUUGGAUUGUGACGGAGUGUUACGUCCGUAAGGACGGGACGUGCGAAAACUGCGGGGAGGUCAUGAGGUCGAUCGAGCUCUCGGAGGACGAUGAGCAGCGUCUGCUGAAGCAGAUCGAAGAGCUGGUUUGCACGAACGAGCAGCGAACGCAUCAGUGGGAAGGGUUUCGCGGCUGGCUGGAGCGACGAGGGAAGCAGCGGUACAACGUGAUCAUCGACGGGGCCAACGUGGGGUACUACAAGGCCUGCCUCAGCGAGGGCGAGCUCGCCGACCUUCGGCAGGUGGACUGGGCAGUCAAGAAGUUCCAAGACGAGGGCAAGAAGCCGCUGGUGGUGCUGCACAGCCGGCAUCUUGUGGAGAAGAGGCUCUCCGAUGAAGCGAAAGAGAUUUACAAGCGGUGGAAGGAGGCGGACAUGAUCCAGUCUUGCGCGCCGAAGAACAACGACGACUGGUACUGGCUGUACGCGGCGGUGUACACGGGAGGCUCGGUGCUGGUGCUGACGAACGACGAGAUGAGAGACCACCACUUCUCAAUGCUUUCGCACCGCUCCUUCCAGAGAUGGAAGGAGAGACACCAGGCCCGCUUCUACUUCGGCGACUGGAAGGGAGAAGGCGGCGACGACGACGAGCGAGAAGUCAUCACGGAGGAACCCCGGUCGUACUCUAAGCGGACGCAGAAGGGCGUGGACUCGUGGCACGUGCCCCUUGAGCGCUCGCGCGACUGGCUGUGCGCCAGGUGGCAGCCGCAACAGCAACGAUAGCGAACAUAUCACGUUUUUUGUGCGCAGUUUGGUUAUCGUGUGUGGAGAGUGUGUGAUGUGUGUUACAGCCAUCGGUCAAGGGCGUGAUGACGCCCGCGUCAAAUACUCAGCGGGCUGUCUCUGAUGACUUGUGUGUUGUUUUCUCGUAUGUCUUGUAUAGAUUUGUUUUCUUUGACGCGCGAGCCUUUUUUACUGUGCAUGCACUUGUGGAGCUGUGUUCAAACGUAAUGAACGUGCUAGCAGCUCCUUUGGCGAGAAAGUCACAAGGACCGAACCCAAAUCGGAGCAAAUUGCAUUUUACUUGCUUUUGUUCACAUGAGCACUACCAAAACAAUUGGCCGUUUUUACCUUCUGUGAGUAGACGGUCUGUUGUCGGUAGGACCAUGUUGAUACUUCGAAGACCGAACUUAUUCUCUGAAAAGACGAAAAACUUGAGUGGUAGGGGUGCCUGAUAAGAUUGUAUCAACAAAGGAAGGUACCAUGGUUGUGUGUGCCCUUUUAUUUUUUAAGUGACUUGGGGGAACACAUGCAUCGCAAAGUUGGGCCUUCUUGUGCCGUUGUGGGCACCAUCACUUGGUGUUGUUUCAUUUAGGAACUCGCGGGUGCGUUGUUACGGGUUUCGAACGAAUGUCACUCUUGCCGUCCUCCUCCCGGGUAGCCGAGGCGGGGAUAUGCUCUUGAGGCGAAGGGAGAUAAAUGGAAAGUGAAGGAUCGACAAAAAGAGUGCCUCAUCAGUUGCCGGAUGCCUCGGCGGAAUCUCGGGGCGUGUGCAUCAUUGGACUUCUUGCAGAGGGUUAGGGUUAGGGUGAGGGUUACGCUUGGAAUACGAGAAUGAUCCGCCAUGUGUGGGUCCCGUGUAUUUCUGCAUCGAUCGCGCUAACCGGUUGACCCACAAAAGACAAGGUCGUGUGAACUGGAGGCUGCAAUGUGAACGUGUCGCAUAUUACGUCC